CAAAACACACGGGCUUUAAGAACCCACUGUUUGGCUGCUGCUCUGUUUUAGUUGACGCUUUUCAAACUACAAAACUGUGUAUCAUCUUUGAGUUUCACAGCGAUUCUUUAUGUGAUUAAAAAAGGUUGCCUUUCCCGGGCUUUUCAUCCAGCACAUCUCGUCUUCGUGUUAGCCAUCUUUGUUUCGGCUAGCGCACUUCUGGAUCGCAACUGCUGUCUGGGCAUUGACAAAGACACCAGCGCUGCACAAAACAAAGGCGAGCUCUAAUACCCCGAUUCCCUCUUAAGUCAUUGUCCGGCAGGAAAACGGAGGUCGUUGGGCUGGAGUGUGUUCUCAUGGCCGAGUCAGAGACUGAGUGUGACACACCCGGCCUUGACACGCUUGGGUCGGAGUGUGUCAUAGCCCACAGCCAGGUCGACCUUCACUAUGGUGCAGAAACGGAGAUCAUGACUGAAGAAAAGCGUGGAUUAGAGCUGGAAAUACAUGGCUCAGACUUAGCCAAGAUCCAGGGACUGGGACCAGAGCUGGGAGCUGUAGCCUGUGUAGAUGCAAUUGUAGCAGAGACAGACCAUGACUACAUCAAGGUGGAACAUGCUGAGAUGCACUGUUUCACAGGGGCAGAGAUCAAGACAACAUCAAAUGAGGCUCUGCUGGGAGAGGUGCUGCUUAAGACAGAAAGCGAGCAUGUCGUGAAAGUGGAGUCUGAUCAUGGUGGAGAGCUGACAGUGGAGUCUGAAAACGGUGUCAUUAUACAUGAGGCCCACGGUCUGCAGUGCAACGAGUGUGGGGAGAUAUUCGGCAGCAUAGCUGAUCUUCACCAACACUUUGAGAUUCACAAAGACCUCAACCCUUACAUAUGUGUUCACUGUGGUGAGAGUUUUGCUGUGGAGGCCAGCCUCAAGCAGCACAUGAAGAUACACAUGAAAGAAAAGCCCUAUGUGCCCACUGGAGUCGAGAUGGUGGGCAAAGGUGUCAUUGACGCCUUCAACCUCAAGUCUCAUCAGAUGAUCCACUUGCCAGAGAAACCCCAUAGGUGCUCAGAAUGCGGUAAGAGCUUCGCGGCUGCCAUCACCCUAAGAGAGCACAUGAAAAUGCAUUCAGAGGACAAGCCCUACAAGUGCACCCAGUGCAGGAAGAGCUUCAUCCGCAGAAGGCAUCUGAAAAAGCAUCAGGAGGCUCAUGCACGUGAGAAGCCCUAUACAUGCGGGCAGUGUGGCAAAGGCUUUGCUACAGCGUCGAACCUGAAGCAGCACCAGAAGACCCAUGCUGCAGCGAUGGGGGACAAACCCCACCGGUGCACACAGUGUGGGAAGUGCUUUGCUGCUGCCGCCACCUUGAGGGAGCACCAGAGGAUUCACUCUGGCGAGAAGCCAUACAAAUGCAACCAGUGCAGGAAGAGUUUUGUCCGUAAACGCCAUCUUAAGAAGCACCAGCAGGUCCAUGCUGGAGGGAAACCUUACACCUGCUCCCAGUGCGGCAAGGGCUUCAAUCACUCAUCUUCUCUCUCUCGCCACCACAAGACCCACCUGCAGAACCCUGUGUAUCCUUCUCCUCAGUCUGGGAAAACCUUCCCCUAUGGCAGUCCUAUAAAGCAGAGGAUCCACCAGCAGGGAGACAAGCCCUACAUGUGCCACCACUGUGACAAGGGCUUCAAUCACUCCUCUUCCCUGUCUCGGCACCAAAGAGUCCACUCCGAGGGAAAGAGUUACACGUGCCCUCACUGUGGCAAGAGAUUCAAUCACUCCUCCUCCCUCUCCAGGCACCAGAGAGUUCACUUGGAGAAUAAACAGCAGCAGCAGCAGCCACAACAGCAGCAGCAGCCACAGCAGUACAGCGCCAUCCCCUCAGGGAAGGGAUUCCCCAACACCAUCUUAAAACAGCGUGUCAUGUCUGGUGAUAAACCAUACAGGUGCUCCCAGUGUGGAAAAGGCUUUAACCAUUCAUCCUCCCUCUCCAGGCAUCAUAGGAUCCAUGUAGAUCAGUGAGCCCCCCUUUUACCACACUCCCGCCCUGUCCCACACCAGCGCACACACCCCUGCGCCCCCCUCUGUUUCUGUUCUACCAAUGGUCACACCCUUGAUAUAGCCACAGGAAAUAUCAGGCCAGCUCCCAUAAAGAAUGGUCAGGUCAGCACAUUGCUAUGUUUAAGUGGAGCAGUAAAUAUAUAUGGACAGUGACACACAAGCCUUUCUUCAUAAGGAAAAGGUUUGGCCUGAAGGACUAUGUAUCUUAUAAUUCAGAGCUGUACCCAGGACUUCCUGCUCAGUUUGUAGAGGUUGUAAUAAUAGAUGUGAAGGAGCCUCUAUACUUGUUUGUGAUUGUGCUCAACUUGCUCCAGGACCUCUUUUGAACACUUUUAAAGAAAAAAAAAAGUGAUUUGAUAAUCUACAUGGAAAAAAGUGUUGUUACUUGGGGGGGAAAAAAAACAUCACUGCUCCUCAUAGUCGGUCUUUUUGACAGCAGAAUUCAGUUAAUGUACCUUCAGAUGGGCACAUGUGCUUCUCAGCUGUAACUUUAUUCGUGAGGUGUAGCACUCUAGGCUACCAACACAAUUGGUGUACAAGAAACGUUUUGUCUUGAUUUAAAUAAAUUUAGCCGUUUCUUUUCUCCCCCCAUAAUCCAUGUGAAGCAGACAAAGAAAUCCUAUGUAAAUACUUAAUGAUUUUCUUUUUAUAUAUAUGUAUAGGUGACUAGUGUGCUGUUAUGUUCCAGAAGAUGACAUUUUUGAUGGUAAGAUCCACUUUGUCUCCACAUCUUUUUUUUUUUUUUCCUUUAUUACUUUUAUUUGUUUUUAAGUGUUGGAGAUACCAGGAAAUGUUGCAGGUGCUCUCGUGCAGGCUGUUGAUCUUGGAUUUUGGCUCCAUCAGACACGAGCCAUUUAUAUUUAUCGGAUUGUUUUUGGUAUGUCUACGAGGGGUUAGCACUGCUGAACAGACUGUACAGAGAGCUAUAGUGGCUGAGACCCUAAUUCUAUUGUGAGAUGCAAUUUAGUCAAAAUGCAUAAUAGAAAAUAAAAAUACUGGGUAGCAUAUUACAAGAUGACCUGUGUCCUAAUUAUUUACUGUGCGCUUUCCUCUGUACUCCAGCACCAAAUGUACAUUACUGAAAUGCAAUUACACAUUUUCUUUUAUGCUUUGGAGACUAAUUCAAAUACCUGUGUAUAGAAAAUAGGUAACUCUUACUCAUGAUGUUCUACGAAACCACAAUUUGGUCAAGCAGAUCGAUUGUGUAUACUAAAAAAGACAACAGGAGAAAAGCUUGCUUUUACAGGACUUUAAGAUUUUUCCGAAUUUCAUUGGAUUGCGCUCUAUUUACUGUUCUGUGUAAAAUAUCUUUUACAAACUGAUGUAUUUUUUUAGAUACGGCUUGGGUUAUAUGAAAGGGAAUGAGAGAUAUACUGUUUUUAUGGGAGUGAACAUUAUGGUUAGCAAUAUUUUCUUUUCAUUUUAUUUGGAUAACAAUUGUGCUUCAAACUGUAGCAUAGGUUUCUUCCUUGUGUUAGAUAGGUGCCUUAUUGCAUGCUAUGUAGAAAUGUAUGCUGAGCUGUUAUUUCAAAACAAAAAAGGAAAAAAAAAGUUAGGGUUUUCAGGAGUCUUUUGUUCUUAUUCAUACUAACUUACCCUACAUUUUUAAUUUGUCACUGAUACCAAUUACUUUAUGCUUUUAUGUAUAUUACCAUGUGUUUACACUGUUACGACCAUAUUGUCUUUAAUUUUUUCCCCCUAUCUUUGUCAGUGGCCUCAAUGUAGAAAGAAAAAAAAAUAAUGUAACUGAUCCAUAUAGGCUUCUCUUUUAAGGGCAAACCCUGUAACAUCUCUUCCCAAUUUUUGAGUGGCACAUAUAUGGACAAAUAAAGGUUGUUGACUCUUA